AUAAAAAUCGCCCAUUUUAUAGUGCUGCAUUAUAAUACAGAUUCGUCGACGUUUGAGUUAAAGUUCCGUGCUGGUUGUUGAAGAUAAUUACAUACGGAUAACGUUCCGUUCUAUCUGUCAAGUUAACAUAAACCAGGGGCGAACGCAAAACAACAAACAAAAUGGCAGUAGGGAGAGUAGCCGGGAAUAUGGGGUAUUCCAACACCAACUACAGGACCGGCGGCCGAUCUUAUCACGGAGGGAUUAAUGAAGAAAUUAUUUGGAUUAGUAUUGGGAUGGCAGUAACCAUUGCAAUACUGAUCACCCUGGCGUUGAUAUAUCUUGCAUACGAAAAGUGCCAGAAACGACGUCAGCGAUACAUACAGGCGUGAGACGAGGGGAAACUUGUGACUCCCAACGCUGCUAAAACGAACCCCUAAAACAUUAGCAUGGACUGCUUUCCCAACCAGUGCGGGAUGGAGAACAAUAGACGAACAAAAGCACAUAGCAAUUCUCAACCACCACUAAUGGACCAAAAUAACUAAAAAAAUGCCUCUAUAUGGAAGCACUUAAACAAAUUAUAGCUAAGCUAAGAACAAGAACAAAGAUAACAAGAAACCGUAGCGUGUAAUAAACCCACAGAGGAAUGAUAAAAUCAAAGGAAACUUAAUGCCAAAAAACUUUUUAAAAGCUAUAUAUUUUUUAGCUCGGAAAAACCAAAACAAUACGACUCGACAAGAAGAAGCGCGUGAGGAGUUCGAAGCAGCACGCAGCACGGCACAAGAAUAGGAGCGUUUGUGAAAUGUAACCAGAGCUAAGGAUUAGCAGUUUCAAGACAGUAUUUAUAUGUCCGUAUUACGACGAAUCUUCUGCCACCAAAGGCAAAACUUAUGAAACCAAAUCAAAGAGUUUACUCACAAUGUGUAAUUAUGUCUUUGUAGCACCGACUGUAGCCAGUGAAAGACAAAACCCAAAAGUAGAAAACCUUGCAUGGACGUUUUAUGCCCUUUAUCUAACUGUUGUUAACCCACAAAUCUGUUAUAGUAUAGUGAAACAAACUGUACCCUUGUCGUCCACUAGAACCUCGUUGAAAUGCACCAACUGAAACUGACUAACGAAAGAAAUAAACCAUGACAGGACACACUUUUA